GGCAUGAGCGCAACAGAAAGAUGGCGGACGAGGAGGUUGAUGCGGACGUUAGAAAUCUGACGGAUAACCUACGGGAGCUGGGCAACGAGCUGUUAGAGCUCGGCGUGUCUGUGCAGUCGUCCGGAGAUUACUGCCAGCGCUUCUGUCAGACACUGUUACAGUAUGCUGGGAAGUGGAAAAUCUCUGACGACCCUUUGCCUUUGUUGGAAGUAUACACUGUGGCUAUACAGAAUUAUUCCAAAGCACGGCCUUGUCUCACAGCUGAAUGUGAGAAUGUAUGUUUUGUACUUGACCGACUAGCAUUGAGCUGUACUGAGCUUUUGCUUUGCUUGCCUGAUGAAGUACCAGGCACACUGUGGGAGCAGUUUCAAGCUUGUGUGCAGGCAGCCCAUAAAGUACUAUCAGAAUAUGGGAACCCAGAACUUCAAAUGCUGGCUGUACUUGCCCAGGAGGGUAGGGUAUGGAGGAGCUCUGUACUUGACAGUAUUUUCUCCCAGCAGCCAUUGGAACAGGAUAAAGUGAAUGAAUUUCUGAUACAGGAAGGUCCUGCCCUCCUUGAAAUGCGAAUCCGACACCUUGUCAAAGGAAAGAGAAUUGAUCAGGCUACAAAGUUGGCAAAAGUUUGUGCAGAACAUCCAGAAAUUGGUACAAAGAGUAUUUUUAAACAAGUCUACCUUACCUGUCUCUGUACUGCAUCAUCCAGCGACAUCUUGAUGGAAGAGAUCUCAGCAGUUGACUGCAAGGAUGCAUUGGAGAUGAUAUGCAAUCUGGAAUCGGAUGGGGAGGAGAACUUGGCCCUCAUCUUAUGCACAGCUUUCCUCACGCGGCAGCUUCAACAGGGAGACAUAUACUGUGCAUGGGAACUGACACUCUUCUGGAGCAAACUGCAGCAACGGGUGGAGUCUUCCACACAGACCUUUCUGGAAUGCUGUCGGCAGUUCUCUAUGUUGUCCAAAACAGUUUAUCAUAUUUUCUUUCUUAUUAAGGUCAUACAAUCAGAGGCAGGGGAGGCUGGACUUUCAGCUUGUAUUGAACUCUGUGUGAGAGCGCUACGCAUGGAAUCAAAUGAAAGCCCCACAGUGAAGACAUCAAUUUGCAAGACAGUAUCAUGCUUGUUACCUGAUUACUUAGAGGUCAGACGUGCAUGCCAGCUUACCGAAUUCCUGCUAGAACCUACAGUGGAAGCUUAUUAUGCAGUUGAGACUUUAUACAACCAGCCAGAUCAGAAGUAUGAUGAUGAAAAUGGUCCAAUCCCUAACUCACUAAGAUGCGAACUCUUACUUGUUUUAAAAACGCAUUGGCCCUUUGAUCCUGAAUUUUGGGAUUGGAAGACUCUGAAGCGCCAUUGUCUUGCAUUAAUGGGAGAGGAAGCAUCCAUUGUGUCUUCCAUAGAUGAACUUAACGACAGCGACCUCUUUGAUGAAAACAAUGAGAACCAUCUUGAAGUUGCUACGAAAGAACAUUCGUUGAAUGGACUUCCUAAAUUUUACAGUGACGUGAUAAAAGUGCAAAACGCUUCAUCUGAAGAAAUUGGAAUGAAGGAAAAAGAUAAAAUUGAGAAAGGUGUGGUAUCUGCCAGAUUUAAGAAUUGGCAGGCCUAUAUGCAGUAUUGUGUAUUAUGUGACCGAGAGUUUCUGGGACACCGAAUUAUCCGUCAUGCUCAAACGCAUGUGAAGGAGGGAAACUAUUAUUGCCCUAUAUGUGCCAAAAGUUUUAAGAGAAAGGAGAUUUUUGUUCCACAUGUUACAUGUCAUAUUAAGCAAUCUUGUAAAGAACGACUAGCUUCUAUCAAACCAAAAAGAAGAGUUGGAAGACCUCCUAAGAACUUGCCUGAAAGUAUUGCAGGUAAAAAGAUGGCUGAACUAGACAAGCAGGAACAUCGCCCAAUUAAAAGGAACAGCCUAUACAGUGAGGAUUUUGUAGUCUACAGUGAUAGUGAUGGUUCUGAUGAUGAAGGCAAAGACAAAUCGUAUAAACCUGCAAUCAUGACUGCACAAAAAGUGGACUGCACUGAAGAUUAUAACUGUCCUGUAACUAUCUGUACCAAAACUUUUAAGUAUUUUAAAAACUUAAUUGCACACGUGAAAGGUCAUGGUAAUGAUGAAGAAGCGAAACAGUUUCUUAAAAUGCAGAGUAAUAAAGUUGUUUGCCAGUAUUGUAGGAGACGCUUUGUCAGUGUUUCUCACCUUAAUGAGCAUUUGCAAAUUCAUUGUGGCCCUAAACCCUAUGUCUGUAUACAGUUGGAGUGUAAUGCAAGCUUUGGUACAUAUUCUGAAUUGGUAGGACACAGAAAAGAACAUGUACUGUUCAAAGCUAAAUGCAUGUUUCAAAACUGUGGAAGAAUUUUUACAGAGUCUUAUUUGUUAUAUGAUCAUGAAGCACAGCAUUACCACAAUUCCUCAUAUACUUGCAAAUUCUCAAACUGUGGAAACAUUUACUACUCCCAGAGUGAAUUGCAAAAGCAUGAAGUUGAUCACGUCACACACGCUUGUGUGAAAAUUGAAGUUGAAAAUAGUUCACUUUUUGAAACAAGCCAGCUUGAUCCAAGUAGAGCUGACCAAGUUAACCAAUUAUUACAAAUAAAGAUGGAAGAUGAACCAUGCAGUCAGCCUGACACUUACCAGAAUGGUUUUGCUAUUGACUGUGUUACAAGUGAAACUGUCAAAUCCAAAUCUUCCAUGUCAGAAGAAUUAAAAGCCUUACCAUCCAGUGGAGAGCAGAGUCACCUUCAAAAAGACACAUACUUUGCUGUAACUGUGAAGAAUGAAGAGGAGACCAGCAUGCGUCAGACUCAUGGUAAUUUGGCAAAAACAAUGUUUAAAGGGGAGGGUACUGUUAUUGCACCGCUACCUUCAGAAACUGAACCUGGUGAAGCAGUAAAACCAGUCCAGAUGUUCAGCUGUAAGGUUGCUGGCUGUAAUCGAAGCUAUACUUCGUCACGCAGUGUCAGCAAACACAUCAAGGCUACCCAUCCUGAGUACUAUGAAACACUGAAAAAACAACGGAACCUAUCAAAAAUCCAACGGUUUAGAAAUCCUUUGAAAUGUCAAAAUCAAGAGGACCCUCCAAACCCAAUGUAUUUUUCAAAUGAGGAAAGCUUAAGCAUGACACCUGAAAGCACCUUGACCACAGUAGGUGCUAUUUAUCAGCAACCUGUUCCCAGUGUUUUAACUGUUGAAAAUGAGAAUGUAUCUCAAUCCAGGAAGAAAAAACACACACACAAUAAACGUGCAAAAUGGCCUGCAAUCAUCAAAGGUGACAAAUUUAUCUGUAGUAGGUGCUACAGGGAAUUUACCAACCCCAAAUCUCUUGGAGGUCAUUUGUCACGGCGUGCCAUUUGUAAACCCUAUGACAGAAAGGAAAGUUCUUCAGUUGUGGAGCAGAAGGAUGGACAGGCUCUAUAUAAAACAGAAAAGAUUCUUUCACCAGGUGCAUUCAUCCCUCAGGGACCUGAACCUCCCUGUGUCCCAGAUACAUUCUUGACUGGCGAAACAUUCCUUCAAUCAUUGGAAAUGGGGGACAGUGCAGCUUCAUUUGCUGCUCAUGAGCUUUUUCCACCAACAGAGGAGAACAACUACAGUACUACUAUAUUUGAGCCAAGCAAGACUCCCCAGGUCACUGGCCUUCCUGGCUCAUUUGACACUGAAGUACUUCAGACCUUUCAACCCAGAUUUGGGAUGAGUACCGUGGAGGAGAAUGCAGCUAGCAUAACUAUGUCACAGGCGCUAACAACUGUGUGUAGCCCAAGGUCGUUUGUGGCUGGUGAAGAGGUGUCACUCAGCACUGAGGUCCCACCAAUGUUAGAUGCAGCUAAAGAUUCAGGUGCCUAUUCAUCUUGUGAGCCCUUUCAGCAGGCACUCGAAUCCAGUUUUUGUUCAGGAACAAGUUUUGUUGACGAUGAGAUUCACCCUCAAAAUUUGGAAAACAGCUGUGAGCCAACUAUGUUUUUUACUAAUGGCACCCUUCCAGAGAUUGACAGCAAUCAUAAUUCAUCUCACUCUGAAGAUUCCAAGACAUUAGACAUAAGCAUAGCUGAACUUUUGUUGGGCUUGCAAAAUCUGAAUUUGGACUAUGAUGAGAAGCUUUACAGGAGUGGUGCACCGUGCCCUUCCUCAAGUUCAGGGACACCAGCUUCUUCCAUGAACAUCUUGACACACACACCAAUGAGUAAUUGUACCAAUAGUCCAAACAUAAUCACUCAGUGUUUGACAGAUACACAAACAAACAUAUCGCUGCAGGCUGCUGAAAAUGACAAAGAAAUGAAAGUGAAUCUCAUUAAACCAUUUAUCUGUCAGGAAGGUGGAUGUGUCUAUAGUGCGAUGACUAAAGAUGCUCUGACUAAUCAUUAUGUCAAAGUUCAUCAGUACUCUAAGGAACAGAUAAUGGAAAUAAAGAUGUAUCAGACUAGAUUUGCUCCAUUUAGAUGCCACGUUCCUAACUGCCAGAAAACUUUUACGAGAAAUUCUAACCUCCGAGCCCACUACCAGUCCAUGCAUCAGGUAACACGGGAUGAGCUGGUAAAACUGAGAAUUAAAAGAGCAUACUGUAGAAAAUCGGAUGGUCGUAAUAAAGCUGUGGAUAGCGUACCGCAAUUGCAGGAAAUCAUUUCUCAAUCCAGAAUUAAUGGGUCACAGGAGAAAGAAUCCAGAGAACUGCUUAAACAGGAGCCUGAUAUUGCAGAACCUAAUGAGAUUAACUCAGAAAUUAGUCUCCAUUUGCAUAGCACUCAGAAUGCAAAAACUAUACUGUAUAAUCACAGAAUGUCACAGGAUAGCUCAGUACUACUGGCAGGCCUGCAGGAUUGCUCAGCAUUACCAGCACAACUUCAAAAUGAUUUGGCCCAAUCAGCAAUGCCACAGGAUGCCUUGGUGCCAGCAUCAGGGCCUCAGGAUACCCCAUUGCUACUGGCAGGGCCUCAGGGUACCUCUGUGUUGGCAGUUGAGCCACAGAGUGGCCUUGCACCAACAGCAGGCUUGCAGGCUGUCUCACCACUGCUGACAUGGUCACAGGAUGUCUUGCUGCCAUCAGUGAAGCCCCAAAAUGUCUCAUUAAUACCAGAGGGACUGCAGGAUGUGUCUCUGUUGCCAACUGUGCAACAAUGUAUCUCACCGCUACCAGCAAUGCCACAGGGUGUCUUGCUCCCAGAGGCUCAGAGUAUCUCGCCACUAGCAUCAGGACCACCGAAUAUCUCAUUACUAUCAGCAGGGCUGAACGGUGUCUCAGUCGUAUCAUCAGGGCCACAGGGUAUCUCUGAACUAGCAUCUGAGUCAGCAGGUAGCUUACUACGGUCACCCAGACCACAUGGUGCCUCGCCAGUGCCAGCAGGGCUGCAGGGUGCCUCGCCAGUGCCAGCAGGGCUGCAGAGUGCCUCACCAGUGCCAGCAGGGCUGCAGGGUGCCUCGCCGGUGCCAGCAGGGCUGCAGGGUCCCUCGCCGGUUCUAGCAGGGCUGCAGGGUGCCUCGCCAGUGCCAGCAGGGCUGCAGGGUUCCUCGCCGGUGCCAGCAGGGCUGCAGGGUGCCUCGCCAGUGCCAGCAGGGCUGCAGGGUGCCUCGCCUGUGCCAGCAGGGCUGCAGGGUGCCUCACCAGUGCCAGCAGGGCUGCAGGGUGCCUCACCAGUGCCAGCAGGGCUGCAGGGUGCCUCGCCAGUGCCAGCAGGGCUGCAGGGUGCCUCGCCGGUGCUAGCAGGGCUGCAGGGUGCCUCACCAGGGCUGCAGGGUGCCUCUCCAGUGCCAGCAGGGCUGCAGGGUGCCUCGCUAGUGCCAGCAGGGCUGCAGGGUGCCUCGCCAGUGCCAACAGGGCUGCAGGGUGCCUCGCUAGUGCCAGCAGGGCUGCAGGGUGCCUCGCCAGUGCCAGCAGGGCUGCAGGGUUCCUCGCCAGUGCCAGCAGGGCUGCAGGGUGCCUCGCCAGGGCUGCAGGGUGCCUCACCAGAGCCAGCAGGGCUGCAGGGUGCCUCGCCUGUGCCAGCAGGGCUGCAGGGUGCCUCGCUUGUGCCAGCAGGGCUGCAGGGUGCCUCGCCUGUGCCAGCAGGGCUGCAGGGUGCCUCGCCAGUGCCAGCAGGGCUACAGGGUGCCUUGCCAGUGCCAGCAGGGCUGCAGGGUGCCUCGCCAGUGCCAGCAGGGCUGCAGGGUGCCUCGCCAUCGGUAGAACCACAAGAGGUUUUUGUACGUGAAGAAAGAACAAAAGAUUCAUUCCUGGACCAACAAAGACCAGAAGAUGUCUUGCUGCAUCCACUGGACAUCUCAGUGCAGAGAAGGAAAAGUGAAGGUGGUUUGAAGCAAGCUAAAAAAGCAGCAGGUGCAGUGAAGCUUACUAAGAUGCCAGGAGAAAGGAAGUGCAGGAAAUCAAUUACAAAAAUAAGAACAGAAUGUGACGUUAAUAAAAUUCACAAACCUUACAGGUGUGUCCACAAGAGUUGCUCUGCAGCUUUCACUAUUCAGCAAAACUUAAUACUGCACUAUCGAGCUGUGCACCAGUCUGACCAACAGCUGCUUCACAUGCAGAUCAAACAAGAAACCACCAAAAAUGCCAAUGUCCAAGUCAAAGAUUUUCGAUGUCAGCUUGAUGACUGUUGUAGAAUUUUCCAAGGAAUCACAGACCUAAUUAAACACUAUUCUGACCUUCACAAUCUCACUUUAGAAGAAAUAGGGAAAAUAGUAUCUUCCAUCAGUGAGGGGAAGUUUCAUUGUGACCAGGCUAAUUGUUUGUCUUCUUUUACAGUUUUCUGGAGUUUUAUUAAACACCUCCUGGUAGCUCAUGGCUUAGAUGUGGAAAGUCAGCAAAGUGAUAUGGACACAACUUGUUUUAAAUGUGAUUGUGAAGGCUGUGAUCGGACUUAUGCCACUAGAUCUAACCUUUUAAGACACAUCUUUACAAAGCACAGAGAGCUUCAUCAAUCUCAUUUAAUGAGACCCAGAAGAAUCAUAACAGACCAAGAAAACAUUCCAAGAACAGCCAAUCAGGAUGAUCUGUCUGACGAAAAGAGUUAUUUUGGACCUGAAGAAGUUAGUGAAAAUGAAGAAAUCAUAAAUCGCAGUAAAUCUAAACCUGUAUCAAGGGAGUGUUUUACAUCAGAUAGCAAAAGUAUGAAAAGCAGCGAAAUUCAUGGUAAUAAGUCUUGCAGUUCUAGAAAAGUUGCUAAAUACACUCUUAAAAGUAAGGCCCAAGCCUUGGCCAUUUGUAGCAACAAGUCUUUGAGAGAGCAAUAUCCAUGUAUGUUUCAGAAUUGUUCAUCAGUUGUCACCAGUGAACGUAGCCUAGUAAAACAUUAUAGGAUUCAUCACAAAAUUUCCAAUACAUUUGUAUGUCAGUACCACAGUCAUCUGGUAACUUGCAAGAAGUCUGCGAGUAUGCAAGGCAAAGCAUCAACUGAGCAUGUAACCAACCAUGAAGAAGGAUUAGCGGAGAAUGCUGUCAAUGAAGUGGUGAUUCAGCAGCAGGAUAAGCUAAGUGAAACUGAAAUUUUCAGUAAGAAAUUGGAGAACGAUGACUCCUUUAAGACCUCUGAAGAAUUUUCAGAAUUGUUUAAUGCUAGACUGAUUGAUGCCAGUACUUCUGCUUGCAUUCAAACUGAACUGGAGGAAAGUGUAGAGAUGAUUGCUGAGAGUAAAGUGGCUGAUUUAAAUAACUAUCAGCCUUGUAACAAAAGGUCAAAUGGUCACCUGACCUUCUCAGACACACAAAAGGAGUGCAUACAGAAUAAAAAGAAAAAGAAUUUAAUAAUGGAAAAUCCUGAGAAGCUGUCGGAAGUUAAUUCAAUCCGAACUCUUGAUGAGAAAGAGGCUUCCACUCCAGAGCACAAUCCAUGUCCACACAAGGCUCACCAUCACAAACCUUUUGACUUCAGUACAUUUAAACCUAUGGGAUUUGAAUUCUCGUUCUUAAAAUUCCUUGAAGAAUCUGCUCUAAAGCAAAAGAAAAAAACUUUGGCUGAUAAAGGUCCAUCUCACAGCCUUACUGUUAACCCUGGAACAAGGGCAGGUUAUGGAUUAGUCUCAUCAAGUGUAGUGUUAGGUGAUGAGGUCAGCUCAUCAGCAAGCCAUCCUGUGAAAGAUGACAAAAAUUCAAGAGUUUCUGUUGACCACACCAAACAGUCUGCUGCAGAUAGAUUAAGCAUGAGAACUACCGAACAUCAUGCCCUUACUAAUUUUGCUUCUCCCUUGUCUCUCCACAUUCUUAAGAACAUAAAAAUAAUAAUGGACAAGUCGCAUUCAGAUUGCGUUGAGCUCGCUGAGAAGCAACUUCAGCAUAUGCAACCCACAGUAGUGCUUAGUCGAGUAAAAGUGGACUUUAAUAUGCUGGCCCAAGUUAGAAGUGUAAAGGAAAGUAUUACUGUAAAGAGUACAUAACUCUGUAACAUCCACUGUAUAUAUUGAAGUAAGUAAGGGUAAUUAGAAGCUGUAAUUUGCUUUCAUUUGGUCCUUGCUAGUAAACAAACCAAAAGGAUGCCUUGUACAUUUUAACAAAAGCAUGUUUGUAAAUGUCUAGUUUUUUUUUAGAUUUUUAAAUAACGAAAACUAACAUGGCAAUAGCCAUGUCCAGUAUAUUCUACAGAAUCCCUAUGGGACAAAAUUGUGGCACAGAACAAUUGCUCUGUUUAUGUAAAGCAAAUAUGAUAAUCUGAUGUUAUACAGUUGUAUAUGGAAGAAGGACUAUCCUUAUCUGAUUGACUGACUUAUGGAGGUCUGUACAUUCUGUUAUUGACUUGGUAGAUCAGCAUUGCUUAAGCAUGCUGCUGAAGAUGCUGUACGAUAUAGCUUGAACUGUACUUUUAUCAUUGUCUAUACAUUUAAAGAGAUUGUAUCCCAUUUACUACAAAUUCUAUCUAGUCCCAAUCCAUAAACAUAAAUUCUUUACAACAUUGGACAUCAGUAUAAUAAAAACAUCUUGCAAAGAUCCAAAUUGUUUUUAUUUAUUUCACUAACCAAAUUAUGCAAAAGUUCGCCAUCAUUUUUGGCGCAACUUUGUAAACAAUACUUGAAUCGUACUUGUUUUUGGAGUGGGGAGGAGGAAAUGUGUAGAUGUUUUGUAUGUAAUUCAUUGUGUGUACUCUAUGGGAUACUCUCUCUCCUUACAGCCCACCUUGAGAGUUUUAAGAACAAGCUCCAGCAAAACAAACAAUGUAUUAUAGCUAGGCUCUUUAACUUUUUUAAGUAUCUAGUGAAGAUAGCAUUGCUUUUAAAUAAAUUCCUACUGAGAGAUGUUCCCUAAGUGUUCUUUUUCCUAUGAUGGAAACAAAGACUAUGUUGGUACUGAGCCCCUUAUUUAUGCGGUCAAUACUAUGCUGUUGAAAAUGUUUAAAAAUACACUAAAGACAUUUGAUAGUUAAAGCUUAGUACAUAACUUUUGUGUAAAGUCAGUGCUGAAGACUAGAUAUGCAGUUAUUUAUAUAUUGACAACUGUUAGUGAAAAGGAUGAAUCCAAUUAUAAAGAUUAAAGUUCAGAUUUUCAAAUGUUGCUCUGCAAUGGGGUGGGAUCUGAUCAGUUGAUCUAUGAACGCUGCUGUUUCUACACACAGUUUUUUUGCUCUAGAGCUUUGUUAAUGAAGUGUGUACAUUUGAAGUUAAUUGUUUUGCUUCUGAACUUAACCACCAAUAUUCAGUGUCUGAAUAAUCAUUGGUAGCAACUCAAGAUAUUAACCUGGCUCGUGUGAAUUCACACAGUUUUAAUUGGUCAGCCUAGUUUUCAUUGGUAACCAGCAGUGUAACAGCACACAGAGUCCAUUUCAUCAAACCAGAAGACCAUCUUGACAUGUACAACUGUACAAUGCAUCUUGCCAAAGGUUUAUCAAAACAUACAACAUAGUAUCUGGGAAAAACAGUUUUUUUGUAUUAUGACAAAGUCUGUAAUUGUGGGAGAACAUUCCUUUCUUUUGUAUACCAGUCUGUAUAGUCCUCAUUUAUAGAUUUGAAUACAGUAUUAUUGUAAAUACUGCAGUACAGUAUUAACUUUAAUUGGCAUUUACAUGAACCACUAGAAUAUAAAAUUAGAUGUCAAUCUGAAUAAUGCUUUUGUUUUAUUAAAUUAAUAUAAAAACACAAAA